CGAAUCGUGCCAGCAAUCUUCCUCUCGUUUAUUGCAGCCCGAUUCGACAUCUCCUUCUUGACGUCGUCCCAGACACCAGCCGAAGUCCAAUUCCACAGCUUACUCCAACUCUUGCCGCCACCUGGUUCAUCCACCCGCCUCACUCGUGUCCAAUAACUCAACAAAGUCGCCGUCAGCAGUGCAGCUGCGAAGAUGUUCUCCUGAGGAUACUCUGCGUAAUCCCUGUUCUUCAGACUCGUCGAUUUGCUGGAACUUCAACCCCAUCCAACCCAUCGACCUCCUCUUACCACUAUUCAUCCCUGGUCCCUCCACCUCACUCCUUCGUCUGCAACUCAAGGACAUUUCUUCCGUCCUCGGCUUCUUCAUCCAGGAUCUGUUCUCCGGAGCCGUCUUUAACCUGCCGGUCGCUUUGUUCCAUGGACUCAUCAACGAGUCUUCUGUUUGGCCACACAUAUGAUUUGAAGGACAACUUUGUGGAAGGCGGCGGCGUGAAUAUGAACAAUGCCUUAGCACUGCCGAUUAUCCUGGACCAGGAGGCGUCUACUGAUAUUGACCUGGUAUUCCUCAACAGCAUUGGCAGUGAUGGCGGUGGUACCAUCAACUCCAUGAACUGGAAGUCGGUGGAGUCGGUGUCCUCACCGGUCGAGAUGCGUCUGCAGGGACCACUGCCGUUGAGGAACUCGGACGAACUAAUGGCUCUGAGCAAAGUGAGCAUGCUCCGGACUGUCAGGAAGAAGCGGGCGCAUUGGAGCUUGCAGCCUGCGAAUGAACUGUACGAACCGAUGACGUUUGAUCUAUGCGUCGGUUACGCUUCAUGCGCUAGACAGCCGAGGCACACCAAUAAAAUGAAAUCAAACCUGAGGAAGCCUGCCGUCGGCGUCACAGGACCGUCUCAAGUGGCUGCCACAAGUAUCCCCAUUUGGGGAGAUGGCAUAGACGGUGAACCAGCGAAGCCUCCACGACGUGUAAGUCAUUUGGUUAAGUCUCUUAUCCUCACAUAUCUGAAUAUUUUCGACUGA